AUGUCAAGCCGUGUUCCUAACGAAGAACUACCGAUACUUGAAGCUUUAAUUUGUAUUAGAAAUCGACUUCAUGCUUUAAAAAAAGAUCGAGCAAAUUAUAUCAGAGCUUCGGCUGUAAUUGAAAUAUAUGAAGAAGUAACUGAACAAGUUAGAAAAUUGAAUGAAAUUCGAGAAUUAACGAUCCAAGAACCAAAAAGUAAUAAUCGUGUCAAUGAUGUUCUUGAUGAUGUUUUUCAAUUAUUAUCACUGUUUUUUAUGGCAAUUGGAAAAAAUCGAGAAAGUCCUGCCACUUAUGUUCAACUUACUACCAUAAAGCAAUGUUUAGAUAAUCUAAAUGAAUCUGGUGUUUAUACAUUAGAAGAGAUGAAGAAAAUCAUUACAAAUGAAGAAAAUAAUGUUAUAUCAAAAUUAUUGAAACAAAAACUAUUAUCUUGUGAGGAAACAUUGAAAAUGCUCAGAGAAUCAGAAUCUAAUAUCAGUGAUGAACUUUUACCUGUACAUCAACGACUUGUAGAAAUCAAAAGACUUCUUGGAGAUCUUGGAUUGUCUGGUUCUCAAUCAAAUGAUAUUCGACUUAUCCAGGAUGAACUCCGUGAAAUCGAUUCUAAACGAAUAGAUGGUAAAUUUAUGGCAUCGGACGACUCGAUUCCAACAGGACAAGCUCAAGUAAUUUCUCUUUUGGAAGAGUGUUACGAGCAUGUACAUGAAUUGAUUGUUACUCAAGAUUGUGUAGCAGGAACUUUAAAACAUAUAUAUGAUCGAUUAAUUGAACUCAAGUCACAACUUGAAAAUUUGGUUUUAACUCAUCGUUGGACAUUAAGAGAAACAGAUUUAUGGAUGUAUCAAAUACAAUUAACAGAAAUUGAUAAUAUGAGAAAAGAUGGAAAAUUUUAUGACAAGGACGGAAAUGUUCCUGAAGGUCAAACGCUUCUUAGUUCUAGUGAACCAAUUGCCGAACCUUUAAUGCCAAUUCAUAAUCAACUUCAAACAGUACGAAAAUUUUUAAAAGAAAUAAAAAAAUUUGGUACUCCAUUUACAGCAAGAGAACUUUAUCCAUAUCAGAUGAAACUUGCAUCAAUUGAUAAUCUUCGAGUAGAUGGGAAAUUUAUCGAUGAUGAUGGAUCUAUACCAGAAGGUCAAGGCAUAAUCGUGGCGUUAUUAAAUGAAUGUUAUGAUAUCUUGUACGAACUAAAAGCUGACGUGGAAGAAGAUGGUUAUGAAUAA